AUGGCAGCUCAGCGCAUCCGAGCCACCAACUCCAGCGGCCUUCCCCGGUGCAAGUCCGAGGGGACCCUCAUCGACGGCUUCUCGGAGUCAAGCUUUACCGACAUCAAAGUGCCUUCCCCCAGUGCCUUGCUCGUAGACAAUCCUACGCCGUUCGGAAACGCCAAGGAGGUGAUAGCAAUCAGGGACUACUGUCCCAACAACUUCACCACGCUCAAGUUCUCCAAGGGCGACCACCUGUACAUCUUGGACUCGUCAGGCGGCGAGUGGUGGUACGCACACAACACCACCGAGAUGGGCUACAUCCCCGCCGCCUACGUGCAGCCCCUGAACUACCGCAACUCGACGCUGAGUGACAGUGGCAUGAUUGACAACCUCCCGGACAGCCCAGACGAGGUCGCCAAGGAGCUGGAUGUGCGGGGGGCGUGGACAGAUGAUAAGAAGGGGUCAGAUGAUAAGAAGGGGUCAGGCAAAGCCUACAGUAAUAACCCUUUCUGGAAAGGGGUGCAAAUGAACCCAUUCCUGAACGGGACCACGCCGGCAAUGCCCAGCACGGAUGAGCUGAACUCUAAAAGUACCGUGCUCUUCAACCCGGGCGUGCCCUCUCACCCCGAGCCCGGCUCCAGCACCACCAACAUCUUCGACGAGCUCCCGGCCUCCCACCGCCUCGCCUCGGAGGAGCCGACUGUCCGGCGCAACAACCCCUUCUUCCGGAGCAAGCGCUCCUACAGCUUGUCGGAGCUCUCCGUCCUCCAGGCCAAGUCGGACGCCCCCGCGUCCUCGGGCUUCUUCACGGGGCUCAAGUCCCCCGCCCCCGAGCAGUUCCAGAGCCGGGAGGACUUCCGCACCGCCUGGCUUCACCACCGCAAGCUCGCCCGGUCUUGCCACGACUUGGAUCUGCUGGGCCAGAGCCCAGGCUGGGGCCAGACGCAGGCGUUGGAGACCAACAUCGUGUGCAAACUGGACAGCUCCGGGGGUGUCCUGCAGCUCCCUGACACCAGCAUCACCAUCCACGUGCCCGAGGGGCACGUGGCCCCCGGCGACACUCAGCAGAUCUCGGUGAAGGCACUGCUGGACCCGCCGCUGGAGCUCAACAGUGACAGGUCGAGCAGCGUCAGCCCGCUGCUGGAGGUGAAGCUGAGCAACCUGGAGGUCAGGACCCCCAUCAGCCUGCACAUUAAAGUCUCCGCUGAGGUGAAGAGCGAACAUUUCAGCACCAGCUCGGUGAGUCUGCAGUGCCUGAGGAGUGACUCGAAGGAGGGCCCCUACGUCCACAUCCCUCUCAACUACAGCCACGGGGACACGGUCCAGGUGCACCUGGAGAACCUGGAGCCCUGCAUGUACCUGGCCAUCGUCGCUCACAGCGCCAGCAUCCUCUACCCGGCCACUGUGUGGGAUUUCAUCCACAAAAAGGUCACCGUGGGCCUCUACGGUCCCAAGCACAUCCAUCCGUCCUUCAAAACGGUGGUGACCAUCUUCGGGCACGACUGUGCCCCGAAGACGCUCCUGGUCAGCGAGGUCACCCGCCAGGCCCCCAGCCCCGCCCCUGUGGCCCUGCAUCUCUGGGGCAAGCACCAGUUCGUACUGUCCCGGCCUCAGGACCUCAAAAUUUGUAUGUACUCCAACAUGACCAACUACGAGGUGAGGGCCAGCGAGCAAGCCAAGGUGGUGAGAGGGUUCCAGAUAAAACUAGGCAAGGUGAGCCGCCUCAUCUUCCCCAUCACCUGCCACAAACCCGGCGAGCUCUCCGACUUCACCCUGAGGGUCCAGGUGAAGGAUGACCAGGGCGCCAUCCUCACCCAGUUCUGCGUCCAGACGCCCCAGCCCCCACCCAAGAGCGCCAUCAAGCCAAGUGGCCAGAGGAGGUUCCUCAAGAAGAACGAGGUGGGCAAGAUCACCCUGUCCCCGUUUGCCGCCAGCACCAAGUACCCGACCUUUCAGGACCGGCCCGUGGCCAGCCUCAAGUUUGGCAAGUUGCUCAAGACGGUGGUGCGGCAGAGCAAGAACCACUACCUGCUGGAGUACAAGAAGGGCGACAUGAUCGCCCUGCUCAGCGAGGAGAAGGUCCGGUUCAAGGGCCAGCUGUGGACCAAGGAGUGGUACAUCGGCUACUACCAGGGCAAGGUGGGGCUGGUGCACGCCAAGAACGUGCUGGUGGUGGGCAAGGCCAAGCCCAGCGUCUUCUCGGGCCCGGAGCUGAGCACGUCGGCGCUGCUGGAGCAAAUCCUGCAGCCCUGCAAGUUCCUCACCUACAUCUACGCCUCGGUGAGGAUGCUGCUCAUGGCGAACAUCAGCAGCUGGCGCACCUUCGCCGACACGCUGGGCUACGAGCACCUGCCGCUCACCGCCUUCUGCCGUGCCGAGCUGGACAACGAGUCAGAGUGCGUGGCGUCCGUCCUGGAGAAGCUGAAGGAGGACUGCAACAUGGACAACAUGGACAGGAGGUCCUUCCAGAAGGAGCUGAUGAUGGCCUUACUGAAGAUGGACUGCCAGGGGCUGGUGGUUACACUCAUCCAGGACUUCGUGCUCCUGACCACGGCUGUCGAGGUGGCGCAGCGCUGGCGGGAGCUGGCUGAGAAGCUCGCCAAGGUCUCUAAGCAGCAGAUGGAUGCGUAUGAGUCCCCGCACCGUGACAAGAACGGGCUGGUGGACAGCGAGGCCAUGUGGAAACCUGCGUAUGACUUCUUACUAACGUGGAGCCACCAGAUGGGGGACAGUUACCGCGAUGUCAUCCAGGAGCUGCACACUGGCCUGGACAAAAUGAAAAACCCCAUCACCAAGCGCUGGAAACACCUCACAGGAACACUGAUCCUGGUGAACUCGCUGGAUAUUCUGAGAGCAGCUGCCUUCAGCCCGGUGGACCAUGAUGACUCUGUGAUUUGA